AUGAAAACCCAUCCCGUCUACCAAGAGCAUUUUGAAGUUAUGAUGAUUGUCGCUGUUUUGGACAACGCCGCCGUCCACAACGAGACAGAGGACCUUGCCCAAGAUAGAAGUGACCUGGAACUGCUGAGGUUGGGGCCUUAUUCGCCCAUGUGCAACCCUAUUAAGGGCUGUUUUAGCGUUUCAAAAGCUCGUAUAAAGCGAUGUCUGUCGCUGAGCCACGGGAUAAUGUUCGACGCGCCGUACGGUGAGAAGACGGAGCUGCGGAUGCAGCUUCUUAAAAGGACAGCAGAACGCUGCAUCUCCUGCAUUGACCUCCGUCUUGUGAAUUAG